UUACAAAAGAAGAAAGUCCUUGAUGUUGUGUUGUCAAAAUCUUCCAAGUGGAAGCAGUGAAAGACUUGAAAUCUGAGUGUUAUUCAAGACCAUUUCCUGAAAAACAGUCGAUAAAAAGUGUGAUUCCGUUUAUCAACUGAUGAUAAGCCGUUAUCCCACGUCAUAUUUGCGAUAGCAAGUCCGAUAAUUUCCCUGUCGAAGACGCACUUGUCUGAUACACAUAAACCUGAUUCAUCCAAUAUAACGGGAAUUUCUGUAAGCUUGUGCAAAAAAUGUUCCAUAAAUCUGCAUCGAAAUUAGUGAUGGCUAUCGCUUUAUUAUUGGUUCACCAUUCACUGGUGGUUUGGUCGGCUCCUCCAGGAUCACCAGUUCCGUCAAAUUCAUCUGUUACGAUCAAUGCUACCAGAGCUGAAUCCCCUGAAUCGGAUCUGUUAGAUGGAACUAAACUGCCUUUUCUGGUCAGUUGCGACGCAGACAAAGUCGAAAUUGUUUUCAGUAAGCUAUGCGAGUUGUAUCGUUUCUUAGUAGAUACGGUACUGACCCAACGGAAACCGGAACCGGUGGCAAUCGAUGAGGUUAAAAAGGUUGUUGAUGAGCAGGUCGAUGCGAGCCGAUUCUGCGACAACUUGGUGCCAGUGCUGAAUAACAGGAAUGUGAAGCAUACAGACCACAUUAGCCAAAGUCCACUGCAAACAGAAAAUGUUUGUUCUCGCUGGUGUUUGUUGAUGAACGAAGACCUGACGAAAUUAGUGGGGGUUCAACCAAUUUGCAAGGUGCUGCUCUGGGGAUUGAAGGAGGAACUAAUAUCGGAGCUAGAAAUGGUCGCACAGAAUCCUACUAACAAGGUAGCUGAAAUUAUCAUACCCCCGUUGCUACCGGGAAACGUUGAAAUUGAGAAGGUGGAGGAAAAAGAUGUUCAAAACAAGCCAGCAGGUUCCGUUGCCACGCAGGCAAAGGAGAAAUCAGAAAAACCAUUAGAGCAACCGUCUGAUGCUAAGAUAAACGCAACAGAAGAUGACAAGAAAACCAAUUCGGAUAAAGCUGUAGAAGCUGCACCCUCCAAUGAUGUUAACGAAAUCGCCAAGUCGGCGAGCAAUAAAGAUAUCACGGUUGACACUGAAACGAAGCAAAGUGAGGAUAUUUUACAAAGCGAUCUCAAUGAGACCCAAAACCUAAACAACAUACGCGAAAUGAACAGCGAGGGCAAUAUCAAUAACGAAUUGGAUACAAACGACGAAUUCAGCGACGAAGAUCAGUUCGAGCCGGAAUCAGUUCUUCCCAAGGAAAGUCCCGUCAAGGACGAAGUCCAGCUGGAGCAAGAUUUGCCAAACGGAGCAGAUUCGGAUGGCUUCAGCGUGGAACAGCCGGCCGCCGCUGCGGUGCAAAUCGAGCGAGUCGAUCCAUUCUUCGAUCAGGAAGAUUCGAACUUUUUCACUUACUUUAUGUUCAUGAUGUUCGCGUGCAUCAUGUGCUACGUGGCGUAUCACAACAAGUCCAAAUUGUUGGCUCUGCUGGUGGAGGGUAGGCGAACCAGCUCUGGCCGGGGAGGCUUCAGCAAAGGCGGCCGAAAGCACACGGCAGCGUACCGGAAGCUGGAUUCCAACUUGGAGGAAGCCAUAACGUCCAACGCAUCGGCGAGUAGCCGAUCUACGAGUCAGAUUAUCUACUAGGAGUGAGUAAAUGCAGAAAACAAAGCAAAGGGAGAUUUUCUAUGUUCAUUUUUUUUUUUUCAUACGUACAUUAACCGUUGAGAUAAAAAGAAGUCUAGUAUUUAGAAAACAAUUUCAUUCAUACGAUCUCCUCAUGAUUAAAAAAGGUUUGAUUUAAAAUCAGUCACUUGAAAUUCGUAAUUUAUUUCUACAUACAUGUAUAAUCAAAUGUUUGUUUAACUGAAAUCAUUUGAAGGGCUAUCUUAAAAAUGUAUUUAUGGUUUAGCUGAUUAUGUUUCGUCAAAACAUUGCAAUAUAUUCGGAAAUGAUGCUCAUUCUUGUUGAUACCAACAAGUCAAAUGAAAAUACGAUUCUAACGAAUUGGUUUCUUUCGAAUGUUUCCGUCAUCAAUAAUCUUAAAAAGAGGUGAUUCGUGCAGGUCACGGAGUCUCAUUUCAAUUUCACACUAAAUCUUAUCUAGCAUUUCCUGUGCAUCAAUACGGCUAGACGUGCAUCUGUGAUGCCAUUAUUCGUGUUUUUGAGUAAGCGAAGAAGUUUUUGUUCUUGAAAUAUCGCUGGUUAAAACAAUCAAGCUAUUGAGAGGCUGAUUGAAACCCUCUCAAUGCUUUAUUCCUCUCAAAUUAGUCUAAAACAUAUUCAGAAUUAAGGAUUAAACAAAUGACAAAAUUGAGGAAA